AUGCUAUUCAAGUCGAUACUUCUCUUCGCCAUUACGGGCUCUUCGCUCGCCUUACCCAAUGGCCCUUCUUUUGGUCAAGGUCUCCAAAAACGCUCAGAACCAAUUAUACGAGGAGAGGAUUAUACCGAUACUCAGAAGUCAGCCAUUACGCGUGGUCACAAUGAGGCUAUAACAUUGGCUGUGCAUGCAUUGUCGAUGUUAUCACAAUCAGACCCGGAUGAUACGAGAUUGCAGAAGUAUUUCCCAGCUGGCUCAAGUUCGAGGUCGACUGUCAAACUACAUGUGUCCGCGAAGGUCUAUGAGCAAAUUAUCGGCGACCCCGUCGACGGAGUAUACAAAGGCAGCAGCAAAUUGGAAAACAUCAGAGUAGUUGAUGACUAUAACCUAGCUGGCACUGGACACUAUGCAUGCAGUAAUCUGCGUGCUUUAGCGGUUCUGCGUGAGUAUAACAACCGAUUCCCAAAGAUGAUCGUCUGUCCUGCCGGAUUCCGCCAAACUCCUCUGCUCAGUAUCAGCUGCGACACUCUGGGCGAAGAUGUAUCCGACGCUAUGGAGAGUCUCGGAGCUAGCAUAUUACAUGAAUACACGCACUACACGAAAUUGAUUAGCCCUCCAUUGGCCGGGUCUAGUACAGAUGACCAGUACGGCUGGUAUAACAGCCAGGCCUUUGCUCCUUACGCCGAGUCUCUCCAGAAUGCUGAUAGUUAUGCUUGGUUUGCUAUCGAGGCUUACUUCACUAUCAAGUGUCACAGAAAUUUUGGGCCAUGGUAUGAUGAGUGCUCAGAUGAGUAA